AUGUCGACAGAUUUAUUUACUGAAGUUGACAGCGAUUAUAUUGCUUCUCCUCCUGUUGCUGCUGCUGUCGCUAUUACUGUCACUGCUGCUGUCGCUAUUACUGUCGCUGCUGCUGUCGCUAUUACUGUCGCUGCUGCUGUCGCUAUUACUGUCGCUGCUGCUGUCGCUAUUGCUAUCGCUGUUGCUAAUCGAAUUGAGUAA